GGAGGAAAAGCAGUCACGCGGAGGCACUGAACACCGCACACGUGCAAUGGCAAUUCUCGCGACUUCGAUCACAAACGACACCAUCAUUAGACCAGCCGGAUUUUACGUUAUCGGAUUUACGUACUUAAAGUUCGGUAAUUUACAUUUAAUUUUUCUCGGUUUUAUUUAUGUUGUGACGGUUUUGUGCAACUUCUUUAUCAUUUUCAUUAUAUGGACAGAUCAUCGCCUGCACACACCGAAGUACAUUGCGGUGGCUAAUUUGGGGGUUGUCGAUUUGAUGUGCAGUACAUCCUUGAUUCCUAAUACGAUCAUCGCGUUUGUGACGAAAGAUACCUUCAUGUCCUACAACGCAUGUAUGAUACAGAUAUUUUUUUAUUACUCUUCAUUAGCACUAGAGUCAUUUUCCCUCAGUGUACUGGCUUAUGACAGGUUAAUUGCGAUAUGUUUCCCCCUGAGGCACAGUACCAUCAACACACCCACAAGCAUGAUCAGUAUUUUAGCGAUUGUUUGGUCGUUUAGUGUCAGCAUCAUGGUGUUCAUGAUCAUCAUCUUGGCGAAACUGUCGUUUUGUGAUUCCCUUACUGUGUACAACUUUUUCUGUGAGUACGCAGCCGUGACCAAUCUGUCAUGCAACGAUUACACACUCCAUUGGACCGCUGGCUCUUCUCUGAGUAUUAUCGUUUUUUUUGCACCCCCUUGUUUCAUCCUCAUAUCAUACGUGUGUAUUCUGGCAGCCGUGUUUCGAAUGAAAAGUGUGGAGAGUAAAUACAAGGCACUUGCAACCUGCACAGAACAUCUGGUCCUUGUGGCGAUUUUCUAUGUGCCGAUCAUAACGCUGUCCGUCAUUGAACUGUUUUUAUUCCUCGUCGAUCCAAAUGUCAAAAUGGUAAACUUGUCGUUUGCCUCAUGCCUCCCGCCCUGUCUGAACCCCAUUGUGUAUUCCCUGGCAACCAAAGAAAUCAGGAACAGAAUACUGGCUAUGCUCCAGAAAGUCAAAGCAGCUGCGUGGGCAGGGCAGGCGUAGCUUCCAUUAAUGUUUAGCCCUUGCUGUUUAGCCACAAAUGCGCAUGUCUAUGUGACGUCAAACGCAAAGUAGAUGAAAAGGGCGUUCGGAAAUAAAAACGCCAUUCGGAAAGUAGUCAUUCGGAAAAGUGUCAUUACGGAAAUAAAACAUGUUAUUAUGAAAUAAAAUAUGAUAACUUUAUCGUGAAAAGAAUAAUAAUGAGCUGUGAAUCGUUUAAUUAUUUCAAGAUAAAAUGAAGU